AUGUGCAGCAACCCUCACAUGGUGCUAAACAUUGACCUGGCGCCCACCAUCCUGGACAUCGCUGGCAUGGACGUCCCGCCGGACAUGGACGGCAAGUCCAUCCUCAAACUGCUGGACAUAGAGAGGCCAGUCAACAGGUUCCAGGUGAACAAGAAGGGGAAGGUGUGGAGAGAUUCGUUCCUGGUGGAAAGAGGGAAGUUGCUCCACAUGCGUGAUGCGCCUUCGGGGAAGGAGGUGGCCCAGGAGGAGAACUUCCUGCCUAAGUACCAGCGGGUCAAGGACCUGUGUCAGAGAGCAGAGUACCAGACACCCUGCCAGCAGCUGGGACAGAGGUGGCAGUGUGUUGAGGAUGCCACAGGGAAGCUGAGGCUGUAUAAGUGUAAGGGCAUGGUCAGCACUUCUGCAGAACGGAAGGAGGGCCCUGCCAACAUCAGGUCCAAGUACUACCCCCAGCACAAAGCAGAGCGCAAAGCAGAGCGCAACGCAGAGCCCGACAACUGCAACUGUGACCAGUUCCCCAGGUUCAGACUCAGCGCCUUCAACAAGAACAAGUUGCUUUCCAAGAAGAAGAUGAAGGCCGUCAAGAGCUACACUCGUAACCGUUCCGCCCGCUCCGUGGAGAUGGAAAUAGGAGGGGACCUGUAUGCUGUAGACUUGGGGGAUGGCUACCAGCCUGUACUGGCCCCCAGGAACCUCAGCCAGGCCCCGGGGCCACACGAAGACACUGAGGAGGACUUCAGUGGCAUGGGGUUCACAAUCACCCCCAGGACUAGCAGCAACAGUCUAGCUAUAGUGCCUUCUGGCAUCAAAGUCACACACAGGUGCUCUAUCCUGGCCGAUGACACGGUGAAGUGUGAUACAGGGAUCUAUAAGUCUGUGCAGGCCUGGAAGGACCACAAACUCCACAUCGACCACGAGAUUGAGACCCUGCAGACCAAGAUCAAGAACCUGAGAGAAGUCAGGGGUCACCUGAAGAAGGCCCGCCCAGACGAGUGUGACUGUAUCCGCUACAUCUACAAGUCUAAGUACAAGAGUAAGCUCAGGCACAAAGGAGGCAACAUUCACCCAUUCAGGAACGGACAGGAUAAGGAUAACAAGGCGUGGCUGCUGAAGGACCAGAAGAGGAGGAAGAAGAUGAGGAAACUGCUGAAACGUCUGAGGAACAACGACACCUGUAGCAUGCCUGGUCUCACCUGCUUCACCCACGACAACCAGCACUGGCAGACCGCCCCCUUCUGGACCAUGGGUCCGUUCUGUGCCUGCACCAGUGCCAACAACAACACCUACUGGUGUGUGAGGACCAUCAACGAAACUCACAACUUCCUGUUCUGUGAGUUUGCGACUGGCUUCCUGGAGUACUUUGACCUCAACACAGAUCCCUACCAGCUGAUGAAUGCUGUGAACACGCUGGACCGAACCGUCCUAAACCAGCUCCAUGUUCAACUCAUGGAGCUCCGCAGCUGCAAGGGCCACAAGCAGUGCAACCCCCGCACCCGCACCCUGGAGCUGGGAGGUAAAGAGCGAAGCAGCUUUGAUGAAUACAGGCAGUUUCAACGCAGAAAGUGGCCAAAAGUGAAGAGGCCCACCUCCAAAUCACUAGGACAGAUUUGGGAAGGCUGGGAGGGAUAGGGUCCAGCAGGAGAGAGUGGCCCCUUCAGAAGCGCCCACUGCGGGGGGAACGGGAAUG